AUGUUCCCAGCAUGUACUGUGAUCAUUUACAUGAAUCAGAUUUAUCAAGAUCAAUUUGUGAUCGACGCUAUCUUGAGGUCUUUGUGCAACGAAUUCCUUUCUGCUAAUGUAUCCGCUAUCCUCUAUCUGAUGAACUACGAGAAGUACGGCCGAAGUACAGCAUCUGCACAGUACUUCCUCCAGCUGGCUGGGUACCUGGGGAUACCCGUCAUCGCCUGGAAUGCGGACAACUCGGGGCUGGAAAGGGUGAGUUUUGACAUUUUAGAAAUCAGAUCCUAG